UCAAGCUCGAUCACAAUGGGUGCGUCGCAGUGACGAAGGGCACACGAAUGGUCUCCAGAGGAGUAAGGAGGAACCGCUCUGUCCAAGUUAAGGCCUUGAAUAUCUGUCGCACCGUGUGUCCGUAAGGGUAUGUACUAACUCCUGUAGGCGUGGGCGUCGUUGCUACAAACAAAGACCACAAUGAUUUGGAACGCUUGGGAAGACCAUACGAGAAGGCAGAAAUCAGAUACAGCACAAAGGAGGCUCUUGAUUUCAGAGGAUAUGCCAGGCAGUGAUCCCCAAGAUGAAGUGUGUGGGGAGCAAAACCCGGGUUUUCCUCUCUGGACUUCGGCCCACGGUUUCCAUCAUUGGACGUUGACUCGCACCCAAUGCUGGAGAGUGUUUUGGAUUGUGAUUGUGCUUUGCUCCACGAUCGCCCUUAUCUGUUGUGUGGCUUUUUAUUUCUAUUAUGUGUUUAGUACUUCCGUGUACUCCAGGAUAAGCAGUGAAAGUCCCGUCCGAAGAAAUUGGCCAGUCACUAUCAUUUGCGAACGACAGGCCUUCACACUCAACAAAAUUUCGAACGUAACAACCUUCGGCAAGGAUCAAGCUUCCCUUUUGUCUUGGACUUUGAGUCCCCGUUUAUCGCUACCAUCGCUAGUUGAAAACGACCCAAUCAUAACGACAAUAAGGAACGGUUUAGAUAACACCUUGGCCGCCUCGAAGUAUAACGGCAGCUACGAGAGGCUUAUUCAGGAUGUUGCUCCUCGUUGCCGGGAACUCAUUUUGGAAUGUCAACUGGGCAGUCGUGUACUCUCCGGUAUAAACUGCUGUUCACAAUAUUUUGAUGACAAGCCCACCGUCAACCAAUAUGGAACUUGCUACUCGACCCGUGGAGGACUUGAAAAAUACGUCGUCGAUCAGGCUGGGGAAGGAAAUGGAUUCACCAUUAUCACGCAACAUGAGGAUGCUGAAGCGUUUGAUGCCAGUUUAGCCAGCUCCAAUAUCUACGGAGCUAAAGGAGUAAACUUUGCCGUGGUGGAUGAACACACCUCUAUCCUAACGGCAAUGAGAACACGAGCCCAGAGCGUGCAAUUAGGUUCGUUUGCUACCAUUGGGAUUUCUCGCAACUAUGUCGAUAACACCGAUCUUGAGUUCAGCUUGAUUGGGAGGAUGGAAUGUACUGAACCAGGAACUCGAAAUUCGGCUGUGGAACAAUUUCUAGUUGGGAUUUCAAGUGCUUAUGGCUAUUCCAAGGACAACUGUCAAACCUCCAAAGAUGAGAUCUUGGCACGGGAGCUCCUAAAUUGUACUUUCAACCCACUAAGUCCAGGACCCGAGCAAUGUUCGCCUAUAGAAUCCGCGACAUUUCAGAAAUCUUUCCUCUCAUCCAAUGGGUCCUCAUCAAGCAAGCUCCCAGCGGUUUCGGUGACCCAAGGUGUGAAAGAUAAAAUCGACGCAGUUUGUCCCCAGGAUUGUAUUCAGGAUAGUUACACGAUUUCUCCCUCUUAUUCGCCCAUUUCGGACAGCCUAAAAGCCGACAUCCAAAAGAAGAUUCCUCCGAAUGGGCAAAACACCAACGUGAUCGUCCUGAAGUUCUUCUUGAACUCCAUGGAGUACCAAAGAAUUCACAAUUUCCCUCAGCACGGCAUGCAAUUUGUAGCAGAGGUGGGUGGGUUGAUGGCAUUUUUCCUGGGCAUCUCGGUUAUUUCGAUUAUUGAAUGCCUGUGCUACGGUUUGACUUGUUGUUGGUCGGCAUGUUGUGGCAGGUGCUGCUCUGAUGACAUUGAGGAUGAUCAGGCCAGAGAAGAUCUUCCACCGCCAAAAUGGAGGAGCAACAAACCCAAAGAACAAGGCACUCGAGAAAGUUACUACUGAGCAACUUCUUACAUCUAUACCAAAUAUCUCAACUUUCUAUGGAUUCCCGAAAUUAAUGCAAUCCUCGAACGUAUAUUGUAUAUUAUAAAACAUAAAUCCGAACAAGCUUUGGAUCAAAGAGUCAAAUGGCAACGAUGUUGAGCCAUUGGUGGUAAACAUACGCUUUAAACACUUGAGGGUUUCGAGAUCUUUUAUUGCAAUGCAAAAAUGAACUUCAUUACGCAAUAUGAAAUCAAAUUCGAUCAAGGCCCUGACAGACGAAUCCGCGUCAAUUCCAGCUGGAUAUUUUUUUAGUAUUCAACUUUACUCAACUUUAACGCAAGAAUGAAAAUAAAAAUUCUGCCCAAUAUUAUUCA